CGCACCAACCGCCAUUGAUAUGUGGCGUACGGCACAAUCAGCCGUACUAGCAGCGUGAGCCGUUGGCACGCCUAACUCCCGAAGUCCCGUUUGUUGUCUAUCUCGCGUCACAAUAAAGCUAUCCAGCUUACGUCUGUUCUCUGGAAAUCUGCUGUAUGGACGUGAUUAACGAAUUGCCAGCAUUACUGCUCGUGUAAUGGAGGGUUUGUAGGAUGGGAAAGUCUGGUACUAUGUCAAUGCGCGGCCCCACACCCUGCAGCUGUCUACAAGCUGCAUCUAGAAGAUCGCAUCCCCCAUGACCUGUCCGGGCGCCCAAGAACGCGUCUUAGGCCUAGUAAGCGUGGCUUGUCUGCUUAUCCGGGCCAAGUGUAAGCAAUCGACAGACCGGAUUGAGGAGAUGAGCUGGGAAUCCAACAAGCCGCACCCUUACCGGGGUACAUCAUGGGCUGCCGCCUUUCGGUACUUGUGUUUCCUUCCUGCUCUCAGCCUGCUUGUACUUUUCUUUGUGCUCUCGAUACCCUAAUUGCUGGUUUUUCCUCGCUCUCAUCUGGUUCUAAUCGAUCGUUACGUAUGCGCCGUCAUGAUGCACAGCGCCCACUCAGUCGCUACCCAAGCUAGCCUGUCACUGCU